CAUCUUGACCUCCGUUUAGUUCUUCGUUCGCCGCGAUCUCUCUGAACUCCGGCCACUUCGCUGAAAUCGAGCGACUGCAAAUUUCGAUAAGUGAACAGGGUUAGAAAUUUAACAGAGAGAGACCCGAAUCUACCAUUUUUUUCCUCCUCGUUCCUUCCUUCUGCUCCUCUGCUACCGGAAACCAUUGAGGAAGGAUUUAGGUUAAAUAUUGCUACCAAACACCCUUCAUCGAUUUCUUUGUCGCAGACUCUCAUCAGCGCUGGUUGGAUGCUUGCUUCUAUGACCCAAAUUUUCGACUACGAUGAGUGGGCCCGAAUUCCGGUUCUUCCUUUCUUGCGAUAUCAGCCUUCCCGUCGCCUUGCGGAUUGACAGAUUGGAAGGAAAUCUGCCACAAUCGUCCUCUGUUAUAUCUGAUGUUGAUUCUGCUGCUGGAAGCAGGCAUGCGGAGCUAUUCGUUGAAUGUGCUCUGUACAUAGAUGGAGCCCUCUUUGGUCUACCCACCAGAACUAGACUAGAAUCUUCUGGGCAACCUUAUUGCUGGAAUGAGCUGAUCACAUUGAGCACCAAAUAUCGGGAUUUGACUCCUCAGGCACAACUAUCUCUGACUGUUUGGGAUGUUUCAUGUGAUGAUGACGAUUGUGUAGUUGGGGGUGCUACUAUUUCUCUUUUCAAUAAGCAAAAACAACUUAGGAUCGGGAGGCAAAAGCUGCGACUCUGGCCUAGAAAAGAAGCGGAUGGGUCGAUUCCAUCCAGCACACCUGGGAAGGUACCUAAACUUGAACUGGAUGAGAUAGACCGUCUUGAGAGGCUUGUUAGUAAAUAUGAGAGGGGGCGGAUACAGCGCAUUGAUUGGCUUGAUCGGCUUACAUUCAAAGCUAUGGAUAAGCUUAAGGAACGAGAAAGCAAUGUUUGUGGCAAUUCUCCCCUGAGUCUUAUUGUUGAAUUUUGCAAUUUUGAACAUACUGUGGUUUUCCAGGAGACCGGAACCAAUUUUCUGACACCCUCUCAUGUAUCUUCAACAAAUGAACUUGUUAUUGUGUGGGAUCCAGAAGUUGGCAGGACAAAUCCUUCCGAGCACAAGCAGCUAAAGCUUGCAAGGAGCUUGACCAGGGGAGUAAUUGACAAGGAUCUAAAACCUAGUAUAAAUGAAAGGAAGUCAAUACAGAGGAUCCUCAAAUACCCUCCUACUCGAAUAUUGACUGGUGACGAAAGGCAGCUGCUGUGGAAAUUUCGUUUCUCAUUGAUGUCCGAGAAGAAAGCCCUCACCAAGUUUCUGCGAUGUGUUGAAUGGAGUGAUAUUCAGGAAUCUAAACAAGCGAUCGAGCUAAUGGGAAAGUGGGAGAUUAUUGAUGUCGCGGAUGCACUUGAACUUUUAUCUCCUGUAUUUGAGAGUGAAGAGGUUCGUGCAUAUGCUGUGAGUGUUCUUGCCAGAGCUGAUGAUGAAGAGCUCCGUUGUUAUUUACUUCAAUUAGUGCAAGCUCUCCGGUUCGAGAGAUCUGAUAAGUCUCGGCUGUCGGCCUUCCUUGUGCAGCGUGCACUAUCCAAUAUUGAGUUGGCUAGCUUUCUUCGGUGGUAUGUGGCAGUAGAACUUCAUGAUCCUGCAUAUGCGAAGCGUUUUUAUUGUACUUAUGACAUGCUAGAAGAUAGCAUGAUGAAGUUGAAAGUUGGUGUCAAUGUCGACGAAGAUGGUUUUAAAUCUUGGCAGAGUUUGGUUCGACAAACAGAAUUAACAGCUCAACUUUGUUCUAUUAUGAGAGAUGUUAGGAAUGUUCGUGGCAGUACACAGAAGAAAAUUGAGAAACUAAGGGAGCUCCUUUCGGGACUUCUCAGUGAACUUACCUAUUUUGAUGAGCCAAUUCGUUCACCUUUGGCGCCUGGAAUCCUCAUAACAGGAAUAGUACCAUCAGAAUCAUCACUUUUUAAGAGUGCUUUGCAUCCUUUGCGUCUAACAUUUAGGACAGCAAAUGGCGGAACAUGUAAAAUAAUCUUUAAGAAAGGUGAUGAUCUCCGGCAGGACCAAUUGGUGGUUCAGAUGGUUUCUCUAAUGGACCGAUUGCUUAAAUUGGAGAAUCUAGACUUGCAUUUGACGCCAUAUAGAGUACUUGCUACUGGUCAGGAUGAAGGAAUGCUGGAAUUUAUUCCAUCCAAUUCUCUAGCUCAGAUUUUAUCUGAGCACCGGAGUAUAAUAAAUUAUCUCCAAAAGUUUCACCCAGAUGAAGAUGGGCCCUUUGGUAUAACAACUACAUGUCUUGAAACAUUUAUAAAAAGCUGCGCUGGUUACUCUGUUAUCACAUACAUAUUGGGUAUAGGGGACAGGCAUCUGGAUAAUCUUCUCUUAAGGGAUGAUGGGCGCCUUUUCCAUGUUGAUUUUGCCUUCAUUUUGGGACGAGAUCCAAAGCCAUUUCCUCCACCCAUGAAACUCUGCAAAGAAAUGGUGGAGGCCAUGGGUGGAGCAGAAAGCCAAUAUUACACCAGAUUUAAAUCUUAUUGUUGUGAAGCAUACAACAUUCUAAGGAAGUCGAGCAACCUUUUUUUGAAUCUUUUUCAUUUGAUGGCUGGUUCCAGCAUUCCUGAUAUAGCUUCUGAUCCUGAGAAAGGAAUCCUUAAGCUUCAGGAGAAGUUCCGGUUGGACUUAGAUGACGAGGCUUCCAUACACUUUUUUCAGGAUCUUAUUAAUGAUAGUGUCAGCGCUUUGUUUCCUCAAAUGGUUGAGACAAUUCAUAGAUGGGCUCAGUAUUGGCGUUGAUCAUCAAAU